UGUCAUUCUUACGCCACGCCUCGUCCCGACAUGAAGGCCGUGGUGGUGCUGGUGGUGGCGGCGGCAGCGGCGGUGGUGGCAGACCCGGAGCCAAAAGCGGACCCAGAUGGCUCUUACCACCUGGACUCCCGCGGGGUGCACUACCAGCUGGGCCUCACGCCGCCGCGCCAGCUGCUGGAGACUCACCACGCGGCCACGCACGGACGCAUGCAGGGGGAAGAGGUGACGGCGAGGGCGUAUAAGGGACAGACGGAGCAGCGAGAUUCUAACACCGGGUACGCCUGGGCCUACGAGGUGGCAGCGCCCUCCAGCGGGGACAGGAAGGCGGCGCGGGAGGAGCGUCGCGGGGACCUGGUGGUGGGUCAGUACAGUGUGGUGGAGCCCGACGGGUCACUCCGCGUGGUGGACUACUUCGUCAAACCUGAGACUGGCUUCCGCGCCUCUGUCAACAACGAUGCGGAGGUGAUGGCGCAGCGGGUGGCCGCGCAGUACCCAGGAGCAGAUGUCUUCCAGGACCCGCAGCUUAGAUCUCAGAGGCCACAGGUCACCCAAGAUGUCUUCCAAAUGCCUCAGACUAGUCCGGCAGCGACAAGCCACUUCGAGACCCCACAGUUCAGGUCCCAGAGUCCACAGGUCACCCAGGAUGUCUUCCAAAGGCCCCAGACCAGUUCACAGGUACCGGACCACUUCAAGAGCCCACACUUCAGGACCCAGAGGCCUCAAGUCACCCAAGAUGCCUUCCAAAGGCCCCAGACUAGUUCACAGGUGCCAGACCACUUCACAAGCCCACACUUCAGGGACCAGACCCGGGACUCACAACUCAAGGACCACUUCCAGAGUCCACAUUCAAGAGACCACAUCCUGAGCCCACACUUGAAGGAUACGGUCCAGAGCCCACUGGUUACAGACCACUUUAAGGCUCCACAGUUUAGGGACCAGUUCCAGAGGCCACAGUCCAGAGACCCCGCUCAGAGUCCACAGUUCAGGCUCCAGUCCCAAAGUCCGAGGCUUCAGGAUUCCUUCACGGGUCCGUUCAAGGAGUUUGGAAACCUCUUCCGGAGUCCGCAGUUCGGCAGCCACCAGCUCGGACAAGUGUUCCAGCUCCCUCAGAUCGGCGGGCAGGUCGCCGGUCAGCCCUUCACGGAGUUCCAGUUCCAGCAUCCGCACUUCGGCCAGCACCACAUCCUCACCCCGCAGCUACAAAACCAACCGCUCAUCUUCCCAUAUCCUCAUCCUUUUCCUAUUCCUUUACCACACUUAAGGCAGGAUGUGAGCGCGCAGUCCCUGGAUCGUCUGCAGAGCUCGCCGUUCAGGAUGCAGCAGCUGUUCGACUCUCACCAGGCGACAGGAAACCCGUUCAGCCACCCGACGUUCAGCAAGCACCAGUUCCUCAACCAGCCAGACCAGACCCGCAGCGAGCACACGAAGGAGCAGAGCCACGGCCAGCCUCGGAGUGAUCCAACCCAAGAGGAUCAGUUUCGUGGACACGGGGUUGUCAAGGACGACUUCCAAGGCCACCAGGCUCAACGGGAACAGCUCAAGCCCCAGCAGGCACGCGCUGACACACCACAAGGCCGUGACCAGAAAGACCAGUUCCCUCAGCAGGUUCAGGGCAGCGCAGAUCAGCUUAGGAGCCAAGACUUCAGCCGCGACCACGCACAGAGACAGCAGUUCAGCGAAGGCGUGUUUCAGAACCCCCAGAGCCGAUUCCAACACGAGAAACAAGACUCAAGAGAUUCCCUACAACGCCAGCAACAGUUCAGCGAUCAGCCAGUCAGCCGCAGUCCCACCGUGAUGAGCUCAGUGCCAGGCUCGGGCGUGACACUCAAGACAUCACUCAGCAACGUCGACAGUCAGCGCCACACCCAGAGCCCUGGCCGCCCUCUGCCCACCGCCGCCGCCUCCUCAGCCCUCACGCAAGACCGCAACAGAGCCCGCGGGUUCACUUCUGCACAUGCCCGCCCUGAAGCCCGCCCUGAAGCCCGCCCAAGCCCUGAACAAUCUCCCGUCACUACCCUUGUCUAGCACCAAGUCCAGGCCAUGGCAACUCAACGCCCAUAAAAAGUCUGCCAGCAAUCUUGGUUCUUAGGCUCACAGGACGCAUUCCCUCACUGCUUCCCCUUGAAAAACAAUACUACGGCACCUUGGGAAGUGUUAUCAAAAGUAAACUUGUAUUAUUGUCAUGGAAAGUUAUUUUUAGAAGCUUGUUUAAGUGUAAGAAAUAAGAACAUAAGAAGAACAUAAGAAAUAUAAUUACCAUAAAUGCAAAAAACAAUGUGUCACCUUGGGAAGUAUUAGCAGAACUUGUAUUGUCAUGGAAAGUUAUGUUAAGAAGUUUGUUAGAACGUAAGAAAUGAGAACAUAAGAAGAACAGCAAAAACAUGAUUAUCAUACAUACAAAAAAACAGUACAAUAUGUCACCUUGGGAAGUAUUAGCAGAACUUGUAUUGUCAUGGAGAGUUAUGUGAAGAAGUUUGUUAGAACGCAAGAAAAAACGAACAUAAUAAGAACUUGAGAACACAAGAAGCAUAUUUUUUUACAGUAAAGGAAUCAGUUCAAAGGCAAAAACAUGUGAAAACAACCAAAAAAACACUAUGCACUCCAUCUAUUAAAGAGAGUAGCAAAGAGUG